AUUCGACGCUCGAUGCUCAGUUGUUGUGAUCGCCAGGUGAACGAAGGUUGUGCCGCGGAACAAAACGAACUACAGUAUAUAUUCGGAACACGACGAAAACUGAAGAAGAGGAUUCCCUAUGUCUGGAAAAUUGAUUAUGAAACGCAAACGAGCAGAUCAGCUUAGAACUCAGAAAUCGGACCAGCAGCAUCAGCAAGAUGUGGACACUGAGUCAACUGCCGAGAAACGCCAUCGCUUGGAACAGGAUUCCAGAUCUAAUACACCGCCAGCGCAGCAAUCACAUAGUCCAGCUAUCCAAGCUGGCGAUGCGCCCAAUAGCAUUUUGCUUGAGGCACUGCAAAAGAUCAUGGAAUUGCAGUCAGAGCUGGAUUCAUUUGAACAUGAUUUGGACGAGCGUGAGGCCGGGGCGUUUGAUAGCGAUGAGGAAGUGCAAGCAAAUGCCGAAGUGGCAGCCAACUUUCCAGCUCAACCCGCAGUCCCAAAUCGACGCAGUGAAGCCGAAGCAUUGGGCUUCGCCAUGUGCGCACGCGAAACGUUGCUAUUCCUGCAAAGCGAGGGCAUCUCCACGGAGUCCGUGCUGUACAAGGCGCUGCUCGGAAAGCUGGUAGGCCAGAGCGAUGGACUAUUGCAUGCCUAAGCAGAGGAGCACUGACAAGUCCCAAUUUGGGAUAUUCUAGUCAAUUUACUGCAAUUAUAUUGUACGUAAAACGAAUAUUGCAGAAGGAGUUGGGACCUCAAACAGCAUACGUUAAGAGUUCCACCACUUUUUACAAAUUCUAGUUUUAAAUCAAUUUACUCUAGUCGGUUAUUGUGCAGCAAUAUAAAAACUACUUUAAGUUUAUUGAAUAAAUUA